AUGACCAUGACCACCAUGCCAGAAAGUCUCAACAGCCCGGUGUCGGGCAAGGCGGUGUUUAUGGAGUUUGGGCCGCCCAACCAGCAAAUGUCUCCUUCUCCCAUGUCCCACGGGCACUACUCCAUGCACUGUUUACACUCGGCGGGCCAUUCGCAGCCCGACAGUGCCUACAGUUCGGCCUCAUCCUUCUCCCGACCGCUGGGCUACCCCUACGUCAACUCGGUCAGCAGCCACGCGUCCAGCCCCUACAUCAGUUCCGUGCAGUCCUACCCCGGCAGCGCCAGCCUCGCCCAGAGCCGCCUGGAGGACCCAGGGGCGGACUCCGAGAAGAGCACCGUGGUGGAAGGCGGUGAAGUGCGCUUUAAUGGCAAAGGGAAAAAGAUCCGUAAACCCAGGACCAUUUAUUCCAGUUUGCAGUUGCAGGCUUUGAAUCGGAGAUUCCAGCAAACUCAGUACCUAGCUCUCCCUGAGAGGGCGGAGCUCGCAGCCUCCUUGGGACUCACACAGACUCAGGUCAAGAUAUGGUUCCAGAACAAACGCUCCAAGUUCAAGAAGUUGAUGAAGCAAGGCGGGGCAGCUCUGGAGGGCAGCUCCCUGGCGAAUGGCCGAGCCCUGUCUGCCGGCUCCCCACCAGUGCCACCCGGCUGGAAUCCGAACUCCUCCUCUGGAAAGAGCUCCGGCAGCAGUGCAGGCUCCUAUGUCCCCAGCUACACAUCAUGGUAUCCUUCAGCGCACCAAGAAGCUAUGCAGCAGCCUCAACUCAUGUGAGGUUAUCAGUUCGCACCCACACGCCUCCUUCCAGUCUCCCUUGGCCCGGCCCUUCCCGCUUCCGGGUCCGUCCACCCUUUCAAGUACCCUGGGCUGGGAGGAGAAGGACCCCCGAGGUGAGGAAGGGAAAAAAGGAAAGAAAAAAGGAAAGGUGACGAGGGUUUGCCGCCUCCUGGGAGCCCCUAAAGGUCUGGUGGCCGAGCGAGUUUCCAGCUCUCGGCCUGAACCUGAUUUGGGUCAUGCGGUGGCAGCAGAGUGGCCUCGAAGCAGGCAUGGCCACUGGAGAACGAGCAACAAGACAACCUGCUGGACCCGACCAGACUCUCAGCCUUGUGAGACUAUCAGGAAAAAAAUAUGUAGGAGGGGGAAAAUGCUCUUUUUUCGGUUCUGUCUGUCUUUGUCUCCUUUUUGCACUGUCUGUGCGCUGAGUCAAGGUCCUCGUGUCUGCUGUCCUCAUUCUGCGGCCUCUCCAAAAAGUCACCAGGUCUGAGCCACACCGGUCUGCCGGCAGCCCAUCACCGCAUCCUGGAACGCCUUUUCCUUUCUUCCGGGGGCCCUGCUUGACCACCUGUGUAGCUUGUUUGGGAAAUGGGAAAAUCAGAGGGAGGGGGGUUAAUUUAUUGAAAAACAGACUUUAUCUGAUGCUGAGUGUUGGCCAAUUCCAGGUUCUCUAGGGCAUGGAGUAGGCACUGUGCAAACGUACUAUUUACCUUUAGUACACCAGAAAAGAGAACAAGGAGGGGAUAGUGGUUUUUAAGGUACACCGUAACUUUUGUGCUUUGCUGGAAUGGAGCGGUGGAAACAGAAUGAUUUGCAUUUUACAUGCCCCAAAUUAUUAACUAAUAACAAACAGCAAAAGAAAGAGCGAAGUAACAAAAGAAAGAUAAGUGAAGCCAUCAGGAUUUUGUCAGGAACGCAUGGACAAGAGGGAAAGCAUGCUUUGGGCAGCUAGAGAGAGGACCACCGGUCCCUGGAGAGAAAAAUCAGUCCGGUGAAAGCGCCCCAAUUCCAGGUCUCCUUGAAGUAAGACACAAGCAGCUUCAAACAAUCCCCAGCGGCUCGACCACAGAACCCAAGUCAUCACCCCGAACGCACAGUCUCUGGUGCAGAAUCUAAUUGCUGUACAUAUUAUUAUUAUUAUUAAUUAUUAAUUAUUAUUGUUCUGUAAACAUGUUGCACAAACUUAGCCUCGUUCUGUUCUGUCGUGUGUGGCUGUAAACCCGAUGCUUUGUGAAAUGAGAAUCUUGACAUUUUACUUGUGAAAUUUGGAAAAUGUGACCAACUGAAAUCAACCGUGUUUUGUGUUCUCUAUGUCAAAGUUUAGUUUUAUAUUGAGAAUGUUAACUUAUUGCUUUGUAUCUUGGGGGGAGGGAAACUUUGUAAAUAAGUUAUAAAGUUUCUUUGAGACAGUAAAAUUAUGAUUUCACGAAA